AGAAAAGAGAAUCAAAAUCAAGCUUUCAGGUUUUAAAUUGUAUCUAUCCAUGGCUUCUCCUCCGAGAAAACCCCUAUCUCUUGUCUUUUGCAUGGUCUUGUUGAGCUUCUUCUUCUUCUCCUGUUCUGUCUUAGCUUCUAGAACUUUCCCUUCAGAUACCGACAAAGUCGAAUUGGGUCUCUACUACGAGUCAUUGUGUCCGUACAGUGCCAAUUUUAUUAUAAAUUAUUUAGUUAAGGUCUUUGAAGAUGAUGACCUCCUCUCGGUCGUUGAUCUUCAUCUUUACCCUUGGGGUAAUGCCAAAAUCAGAAACGGCACCAAGACCACCUUCGAUUGUCAGCAUGGUCCAUCUGAAUGCUUGUUGAACACUGUGGAAGCUUGUGCUAUUGCUAUCUGGCCUGACGUGAACGAGCAUUUUCAAUUUAUCUAUUGCGUUGAGACUUUGGUGUAUGAGCACAAGUACCCCGAAUGGGAAACAUGCUUUGAGAAAUUGGGAUUGGAUCCAAAAGCCAUCUCUGAUUGCUAUACCAGUGGAAAUGGGACAGAGCUUGAGUUACAUUAUGCAGCUGAAACCAAUUCCCUUGAGCCUCCUCAUCAGUAUGUGCCCUGGGUAGUUGUGGAUGGACAGCCACUUUAUGAGGACUACGAAAACUUUAUAAGCUACAUCUGCAAGGCUUAUAAUGGCACUGCUCUACCGAAGGCUUGCAGCAAUAUAACCCUUAAUACAGUCUACAAGGAGAAGGCAGAGCCUACAGGUCCAGUUUGUAAUAAGGAGACAACAACAUGCUCUACACAAAUCAGAUCAGCGAUAACAUCAUGGAUGCGUAAGAUGAACAUGGCAGUUUCAAUGUAGAUGUCUCUGUAGAUUUAUACUCUUAUCACUUUGUUCAUGACUGGUGUUGUGUAAUUAUGAGUUCCUUGUUUUUUGAUGAUGGCAGUCCCCAAAAAGAUGUCCUCAGUUAUAAGUUGUUACUUGAACAAAGUUUGAAUCAUUACUGAAGUUUCACUUCUUAGUUAAUGUAUACAUGUCUUGGAUAUA